AUGGCUCCUCCCCCAGGUCUACUAGGCCCACCCUCGAUCCACCGCCCUGCGCCGCCAUCAUCCGCCGGAAAACCAAACAACCAAUCGCAGGUGAUUCCACGGAAAAGUCACCAAUCACAGGUGAUUGCACGGAAAUUAAGACACCCUCUCACCUCCAAAAUGACUAAACCCUUCCAAAACCCCUGUAUAGACUUUUGUUUCUCCGAUCCACCGCUUUCGACUCUGAACGACAGGCUCCAAAAGGCCUGGGCUCACAACCCACUGACCACACUUGAACUCAUAUUCCGCCUAAGAGGUCCCCAAGUCGCCGGAAAAAAGCCCGACGAAGCCUUUUACAUGGCCAUGCAUUGGCUCCAUCGAAACCACCCACUAACCCUAGCUUGCAAUAUUAGGGUUUUCUCGAAUUGUUUUGGGUGCGUGAAAGAUUUGCUCGAGGAGAAAGCCCUUGCUAGGGCCACAAGAGCCAUAGAGAAACAAAACCCUAAUUUCUCUAGCAAGAAGAAAGCCCUUGCUAGGGCUAAAAGAGCCGUCAACUGGUUUGCAAACGACGCCAACUACCGGCUCUUGCAUAAUCAGAUCUCCGAAUCCAUUGCAGAUCUUCUCAGAUCCGAUCUCCGGUUUCUUGAAUCCGGUGAGAUCGAAAAGAUCAGCAUUGCUUCGAAAUGGUGUCCUUCUAUAGAUUCUUCAUACGAUAAAUCGACAUUGAUUUGUGAAAACAUAGCAAGAAAGCUUUUUCCCAAAUCAGAGGAUGAGUAUAAAUGUCUCGAAGAAGCUCAUUACUCUUAUAGAGUGCGAGAUCGGCUGCGAAAACAAGUCCUAAAUCCGCUUCGAAAAGCCCUAGAUAGUGCAAACAGAGCCCCUCCCACAAUGGUUUGCAUGAAAGAAGAUGAGAAAGGAAUUAGGGUUUGCGAAAAGGCCGAUCAGAGGCUACGUUAUUCUCCUCAAAAACUUGUUGCUUCUAUGAAAGGUGGUCGACGAUUCAGCAUCAACAGCAAGGUUGCAGAGCUUCAAUGGUGGAAUCUGCUCGAACACGCGUCGAAAAAGGGAUAUCUGAACAACUGUUUGGCCAUUUGCAAUGUCUCUGCAGCAAUGGGACGUGCUCUGACGGACUUGUCAAUAGGAAUGGGGCUACUGAUCUCUGAACUAAGCCAAAAACCAUGGAAGGGUAGGGUUUUCGCAUUCGAAUCCGAUCCUAAGCUCUUACACAUUAAAGGGUACGAUCCGAAAUCCAAGAUCGAAUUCAUGAGGAAGAUGAAAUGUGUUGAGAGUGUAAACCUUUGGAAUGUGUUUGAUCAAGUCUUGAAAUUUGCAGAGAGUAGGAAGCUAAGCCAGGACGAGAUGGUGAAGAGGAUAUUUGUGUUUACCAAUGUGGGAUACGAGAAGGGAACCGACAGCUUCUCGAAUUUUUGGGCGACCUUAAAUAGCUACCGGAGUCGAGGGUACGUGGCGUUGCCGGAGAUUGUGUUUUGGAAUCUUGGUGGUUGUGUUAAAAGUCCGAUGAGGGGAGAAGGGUUGGUUAUUGUCAAUGGGUUUUCUGAGAGUUUGGUGAGUUUGUUCUUGAAAGAAGGUGAGGUUUCAACAUUAGAGAAUGCAGUGAAGUUGGUUCCUAAACCAGAGGUUGUGAUGGAAUCAGCCAUUUCCACAGAUGAAUUUAGGGAUUUACUUGUAUUUGAGUGA